CCUCAUUGUGGCUUGGUUAGCGAGCAAGUUGUUAACAAUCAAGAUCAAGACGAAUACCAGUCUAUUGAUCAACAACCAAUGGAACUUGUAAGAGACUUUGUUAGCGAGGAAGUUGUUAGCAAUCAAGAUCAAGACCAAUACCAGUCUAUUGAUCAACAAACAAUGAAAAUUGAACCACAUUGUUCCUCUGUGAACCAGCAAGUUGUUACCGAUCAAGAUCAAGGAAAACUUCAAUAUAUUGAUCAACAAAAUAUGGAAAUUGACGUAGGGGACAACAAAAGCGACAUAACCGAUCCUUUUGCUACUGAUUCAGAUAAUUCUUACAGAACAGAAAGUGACAAUGAAACCAGCGAGUCAGAGAGAGAAACACAAAAAAGGAAAAAAAGUCAAGAAAAAGAGUCAGAAAUGAGUUAGGGUGCCAAGUAUCUAAAAGGAAGGUUGCAAGAGCAAAUGGCCAAGAAUAUAAAACAAAAAAGAAUAAAAUUGUCCAGGCAAAAAUCUUGAAAGAACCAUGUAGAUGCAAGAAAAAGUGCUAUGAAAAAUUUAGCCAUGAGGAAAGGAUAAGUAUUUUUAAAGACUUUUAUUCUUUGACAUAUAAUGAAC